CGGAAAUUGUCAAUAUCAAAAUUGACAAGUGGACCGAUAGAUUUUCAUAUUUUAUUUUAAAUAAUGUGCAAUGGGUAAUCCGUUCAGCUGUACUGUAAGUUUCUUAUUUACGAUAGUAAUGAUACAUUGGGCCUGACAUUACAACAAACGAAAAUAACAGUCAAAGCCUUGAAAGCGUAAACUCAUGCCAUGGGGGUUAAUUUGAUAGGCGCGGCGGUAAAAAUAAUCCAGUGGAUAUUCUCCGUUAUGGGACAGCCCUUAUACUUCGCCUUUGACUUGGCGUUCAUAUGUGUGGAAUGGUGGCAGUCUGGCAAAGACAGUGGUGAUGAAUAUAACAAACCGACGUCUUGUCCUCGUGAUAAAGCCAAACACAAUUACAACAACCGUCAACACGGACACAGAGGAAACUCCAAAUUUCAGAGCCAGAAUCAGUCGACUUGGACCAACUCGACACAAUACGACCAUAAAUUACAAACACUAAUAUACUCUGGCAGAGACAGACGUCAUAUAAUGGAUUCAAAACGUUAUCCAGUGGACACAAGAAGUUAUCCAGUGGAUACAAGAAGUCAUCAAAAGGAUGACAGACGUGUAACUGUCACCAAACAAAGAGCCAACAGCAGCUCUCACAUGCAAGACUCCAUUCCAAUGUUGAGCUGCGAGGAUUAUGUUGCUAACAACGGGCUGAAUAUCACGUGCUACAUUGGUGACGUCACGAAGGCGAAAGCAGACGGAAUUGUGACCGGCGAGGACUGUAGAAUGAGACACGCUAGUGCCGUGACCAAGUCACUCUGCGAUCUGGCUCAGAUUGAGUACAGAGAAUUGGUAAAUCUUAUCAACAGAGGCGAUAGUCGAGAACUGAACUGUGGCGAGGUUUACUGCUUGGAUGUGAAGCACUACGACCUACAGCUACCUUUCAGAAUGGUUCUCCUGGCGAUCGUCCUUCAGUUUGACCAUGCGCCCGAUGUACAUGACUGGACAUCACAGAUGGUUGAACUCUACGGGAAUAUUUUACAAAAAGCAGAACGAAAUCGUAUAGAAUCACUCGCCAUUCCUUUACUGGGGUCCGGCAGAGCAGGAGCUCCAUUUGAUAUUGCUGUUGAAGCUGUGGUAGAUGCUGUGUCCUCGUACCAAGUGAGACGUCAUCUCAAACACGUACUACUCGUCAGUUUUGUCGAGGAUGUGCACAACGAAAUCAUAAACCAAUGGCGUGACUACUUUUCUCAAGAUACUACAAGAGUUGAAACACAAAACGUUUUAAAAGAAUUUGUGAAACAUCGAUCACAACCAACUGCUCAGAAGAAGUCUGAAGUAAAGAAAUACGGAAGUGCAGUGCUUGGACGCGAUGUCAAUGAUCUUCCUAGUGAGACCAGCCCUCCCAAAUUGCAGCGAGUACAUGAACAGACCGAUGAAAUCCAACUUCUACAGACACGUAAUUCAAAUACUGGUCAUGCGUCAAGUCUUUGGGAUUCUGAAACGUACUACAAAGGCAGAUCACCACACCAAGGAAAGCUGAAGCCUGGUGAGGGAAGAAGUAAUCCACAAAAUGACAUUACGGUGACUCUAAACGAAGAAUGGAGAGAGGUCAGGAUAGUGCAUCCAGCUCACCAAUUGGAUCCUGCAACAGAUGCUGCGUAUUACAAGAAGGGAUUAUACCCAUCUGUUGAAGAUCCUCAAUAUUCAGCCACUUCAGAGAAUGAUUCAAGUGCAUUUCGUGUGUCUGCGGGAAUAUUGGAGUCUUCCAGUUCAUUUGGUGGUGGAGCAGAUUCGGCCCAGCCAUGGCUACCUGGUGAUGAAAAGGAUUAUGGAAAACACCCUCAAUCUAUAGGAGAUCCUAGCUAUCCAGAAGCAUCAGAGAGUGAAGCCAAUGUAUCCUGGGUAUAUGAAGACACACCAGUUUUCUCCAUCAGAAAUCCAUCACCAAUGUCUUCUGAUGCAUCGGUUCGACAUUCCAAACAACAUGAUCAGAGAGGAAAUCUGCCUGGACCACAGGGUUCAGGUAAACGCAGACACUUCCAGUCACAUCAGGAAGAUGGACAAUCGGCAGAUGACACCAGGAUAUGGCAGCAAACCAAAGAGGAAGAGUCGUCUUCCGUUUCCAAGACAACUACACCCGAUACCUGUGCUAUCUGCAUGGACGAGAUCACCAACUCUAAACGUCUGAGUAAAUGCGGCCACACGUUCUGCACGGACUGUAUCGACAACUGUUUUAAUAACUUCAAGCCUGUCUGUCCCACCUGCAACAUGGUGUAUGGAAUCCUUACCGGGGACAUGCCUCCUGGAGAUAUGAAGGUCAGUUUUGACCCGGGCCUCAGAAUUCCUGGUUACGGCAGGGCUGGAGUCAUCAUCAUUGACUACUUGUUUCAAGAUGGAAUACAAACGGAAAAACAUCCAAAUCCAGGCAAGUCGUAUCACGGAGCCCGGCGCAGAGCCUUUCUUCCCGACACUGUUGAAGGGCAGACAGUUCUCCGGUUACUAAAAAUAGCCUUCGACCGGAGGCUGACGUUUACCAUUGGUCGAUCGACCACGACCGGAAGAGAGGACACCGUGACAUGGAAUGAUAUUCAUCACAAGACCAGUCUCGAUGGAGGACCAGUCAGGUUUGGCUAUCCAGAUGCAACCUAUUUUGCGCGUGUCAAGGAUGAACUGGCUAGCAAGGGCGUCACAGAACAAGAGGCGUGGAAAUAACAUUAAUCAUUUUAUAUUUCAAUGUAAUCUGGUGGAGUUGAGGGUAGGGGUAAACAAGUGAGACUACGGUUGUGUUCAAACAGAUAGGAAAAUGUUCACUAGACUGCUUUAAAGGGGGUAUCAACUCAAAUAUGAGCCUGAUGUGUUGGAAAGAUGCAUACUCGGACGACUAACACAUACUGACACUUUAACAAAUGAAAAAUGCAUAAUUUUAGAGUUAAUAAAAAAAACGUGAUUAUUCCUGCUA